AUGGGCAUGGCAAAAACAGGCAACUUCCUGUUUCUUCUUGCUGUCCUGCUAUGCUUUCCUGUGGUUCCCUUAGCCAACAUCAAGCGCAACAUUUCCACGGAUCUAUCUGCGCUGCUUGCCUUAAGAUCCAAUGUCUUGGAUCCUACACAUGAAUUAUUGACAAAGAAUUGGACCACGAGAAUGUCAGUCUGCAACUGGCUUGGUGUCAAAUGCUCUUCUCGCCACCAUCGAGUAGUCGCUUUGAAUAUGUCUUACAUAGGCCUUCAAGGUAGCAUUCCUCCAGAAAUAGGAAAUCUUUCCUUUCUCAAUUCAUUUGAUUUCCGAUACAACAGCUUCACAGGUCGUUUGCCUCAGGAGAUGGCCCGUCUGCGAAGACUCAGAUACAUUAAUCUCAGCUUUAACAAAUUUAGUGGAGAGUACUGGCAAAUUGGAGGUCCAGUCCCGGAAGAAAUUGGCAAUCUUCAGCAACUAGAGACCUUGAUAUUCACUUCAAAUGCCUUGAGCGGUUCAAUUCCCGCGUCCAUAUUUAACAUCUCAUCUCUAGUAGUAAUUUCAUUCACCUCAAAUAACCUCUCAGGGAGCCUUCCUCCUGGUCUAGACCAGAAGCUACCAAAUCUACAAAUGUUGUAUCUUGGAAAUAAUAAACUUACCGGUGCUAUUCUUGAUUCCAUCUCAAAUGCUACGGUACUUGACACAUUGGAACUUGGCAAUAACCAAUUCACUGGUUCCAUUCCAACCUCGUUAGGCAACUUGAGGUUCCUUGAGACCCUUGGUCUUGAUAGAAACUAUUUCACCUCCAAUUCGCCGGCAGAGUUGAGCUUUCUUUCAUCUUUGACGAAUUGUAGAGGUUUAAAAACUUUGUCCAUGUCGUUGAAUCCUCUGAAAGGAACUCUUCCCUCUACAAUAGGGAAUUUUUCCAGUUUGCUCACAUUCUUUUAUGCAAGUAUUUGUGAAAUUGAAGGCAACAUUCCACCUGAAAUUGGUAAUCUAAGUGGCCUAUCAGUCCUCAGUGUUGGCGACAAUUACUUGACUGGACCACUACAAAUGACGUUCAAUGGACUGUUGAACCUGCAAGCUUUGGACCUACAAGGUAACCAAAUUCUAGGGAAUAUUGCUGACACAUUUUGCAAUUUCAGGAAACUGGGCAUAUUGCAUUUGAGUCGAAAUCAGUUCUUUGGUAUGGUGCCAGAAUGUUUUGGAAAUAUUACAUCACUGAGACAACUGUACUUAGAUUCCAAUGGGUUCAAUUCAAGUAUACCUGCAAGUCUAGGAAUCCUGAAGGAUUUGUUGGAGCUAGACAUUCAUUCAAAUUCUUUGAGUGGUUUCAUACCGACAGAAAUUGGAGAUUUGCGGGCUGCAUUGUACAUGGACUUGUCAGGCAAUAGAUUUUCAGGCAAUAUUCCCGCAACACUUGGUAACCUUGAGACCUUGAUCAACCUCACCCUGGCACAUAAUGAAUUACAAGGGCCAAUUCCAGCAACAUUUGGCAAAUUGGUAAGCCUGGAAUUAUUGGAUCUAUCUCAUAACAACCUCUCUGGAGAGAUUCCAAGACCAUUAGAAUCACUUUCACGGUUGCUACACUUAAAUGUGUCCUUCAAUAAGCUACGAGGAGAGAUUCCCUCAACUGGUUCUUUCGUGAACUUCACAAAUGAAUCAUUCAUGUCAAAUGAGGCACUCUGUGGUGGUCCUCCUCAUUUGCACUUCCCUACUUGCCCUUCUCCUCGGGGAUCAAGGAUGAAAAGCUUGCGCUUAGCCGCUUAUGUCUUGCUACCGAGUGCAUUCUUAGCUUUUGCUUUAAUUAGCAUUGCAAUACUGUUCAUGAAAAAGAGAAGAAGAAACCAAAGUACUGCUCAAGCAGAUUCACCUCCAGCAAUAACACCUGAAUGGAUUUCUUACUAUGAGCUUCAACAUGUAACCAAUGGCUUUAGCGAGAGCAAUUUACUUGCAGUGGGAAGUUAUGGUUCAGUUUACAAAGGGAUGCUCAGGAAUGGAAAAUUGUCGGCCAUAAAAGUUUUCAACUUGCAUUUAGAAGGAGCAUUCAAAAGUUUUGACACUGAGUGUGAAGUUCUGCGUAAUCUUCGCCACAGGAAUCUGGUUAAAGUCAUCAGUAGUUGUUCUAACCCAGAUUUUAAGGCUCUAGUCUUAGAAUAUAUGCCUAAUGGAAGUCUUGAGAAAUGGUUGCACUCUGACAACUAUUUCUUGGAUUUUGUCCAAAGAUUAGACAUAAUGGUGGAUGUAGCAGCUGCAUUGGAUUACCUUCAUCAUGGCUACCCGUCACCUGUAGUCCAUUGCGAUCUAAAGCCCAGUAAUGUUCUUCUGGAUGAAGAGAUUACUGGUCAUGUGAGUGAUUUUGGCAUUGCAAAGCUAUUUCAUGGGGAUGAAAGUACGAGACAGACAAAGACACUCGCAACAAUUGGUUAUAUAGCACCGGGUGAUCAAGAUACACGUCGAUCAACGACUGGAUAUGUGUUUACACUUGCUAAGGCACCAGUCAGUUGGAGGUCUAUUUUACAGUCAACGGUUGCUUUGUCUACUACAGAGGCGGAGUAUAUGGCAGUUACGGAGGCUGUUAAGGAAGCAAUUUGGCUUCAUGGGUUAUUUGAUGAAUUGGGAAUCAGACAGAAGUCUAUCAAAGUUCAUUGUGAUAGUCAGAAUGCUAUUCUUUUAGCAAAAAACCAGGUUUAUCAUGCAAGGACGAAGCAUAUCGACGUACGGUAUCAUUUUGUGAGGAAAAUUUUGGAAGAUAGUACGAUACUACUUCAAAAGAUUCAGACUAAGGAGAAUCCUGCUGAUAUGCUUAUGAAGGUUGUGACAACUAUCAAAUUCCAACAUUGUUUGAAUUUGAUAAAUGUUAUGCACAAUUUGAAGAUUGGCACUUGA